CUCCCGCUCGAGCAUGCCCAGUGCGAGCCUCGACUUGCGCUCAACUCAUAUGUGCUCUAACGGGCUGCACAUAUGGGACUAUGAAUGCGGUUCCUGAUGAGCUCCAACUCUUUGUCUUUGGGAGGAGGAGGAAGAGGUCGUUCCCAGAGCUGGAGGAUCUGCCCUGUGUCCCCUGAGACCCUCGCCCAUCGGUGGGCUCCUGGAGAAUGCUCGCUUGUUUGGCCAGGGGGAAUUUACUGGAUAUUCUUCAGGAGGGCUUCACGGAGCAACAAUUACAGGCGUAUGUGGCCUGGGUGAAUUCCCAGCUGAAGAAGCAGCCAACAAUAAAACCGGUCCAAGACUUGAGACAAGAUCUCCGAGAUGGAGUUGUUCUUGCUUUGCUCAUUGAGAUUGUAGCUGGUGAGAAGCUGAACGGCAUUCGGGUGAACCCCACCAGCCAGCAGGAGAUGAGGGAAAAUGUGGAGAAAGUCUUACAGUUCGUGGCAUCAAAGAAGAUACGCAUGCAUCAGACAUCAGCAAAAGAUAUUGUUGACGGGAACUUGAAAUCCAUCAUGAGGUUGAUCCUGGCCUUAGCUGCUCAUUUCAAACCGGGCUCCGGGAGAGCAGUGAACCACGGUCCUGCUGGCACGGUGGCCAAGGGCUCGUCAGCAUCGUCCGCCAGCCACAGGCCCCGCUCAGCUGCUGCAGUGGCCCAGGGGGCAGUGGCUGCUCUGGCAGGCGUUCGUCAAGACGUCUUGCGGUCUGGCCGGGACGUUUUCCGGCACAGACAGAGAAAUAGCAGCAUGGAUGAGGAGAUUGAAAACCCUUACUGGAGUGUCCGGGCACUGGUGCAGCAGUAUGAAGGGCAGCAGAAUGUGCCAUUGGAGUCUCACUCUGCCAGCCUUACAUCACCCAGUCCCGUCCAUAGUGCAAAGAGUGAAUCUACUGUAGCCCCAUCAGAGGAGAAGGAAAGACUUGUGAUCAUCCAUACGGAAGAAACAGAAACUAAAACAGAAGAGACAGAAUCUCAUUUCCAGCCUGAGUGGCAAGCAGGGAACCCUGGGUCAUAUUUGGAGAAUUCAUGGGAGGAACAGCUUUUGGAACAACAGGACCAUUUGGAGAAGGAAAUGGAGGAAGCGAAGAAGAUGAUUUCAGGUUUGCAGGCUUUGUUGCUCAAUGGGUCUUUACCUGAGGAUGAGCAGGAAGGGUCCUUUGAACUCUGUGAACGUGGAGCCUGCCCCGAAGAGCAGCUGAUCAUAAUCCGAAGUCGCCUGGACCAGAGCGUAGAAGAAAAUCAAGACCUAAAGAAAGAGCUAUUGAAAUACAAACAAGAAGCUCGAAACCUACAGGGAAUAAAGGACGCUUUACAGCAAAGGCUGAUUCAACAGGAUGCUUCAGUUCUUCAGCUGAAGCAGGAACUGCUGAGAGCAAACAUGGACAAGGAGGAAUUGCACAACCAGAAUGUUGACCUUCAGAGGAAAGUUGAAGAGAGAAACCGGCUACUGGCAGAAUACAAGAAAGAACUGUGCCAGAAGGAUCGCCAUUUACAGCAGCAUCAGAGCAAACUGGAUGACAUGCUUAGGCAGCUUUCUGAGGCCAGCUACCAACAGGUAGAUCUGGAGCAGAUGCUUGAACACAAACAUGCCCUGCUAGCUCACUGCAUGAAGAGAGAAGCUGAAGAGGUGAUGGCUUAUAGCAGUCAUAGUGCUCAAAGCAAUGGCUUCCUCCAGACAGCAGGGAAAGGAGCUGCUCCCACAGCCCACCGAGGGACAAACGACUUGCAGCUGGUUCGUGAUGCCCUUCGCAGCCUCAGGAACAGUUUCAGCGGCCAUGAUCCACAGCACCACACCAUUGACAGCCUGGAGCAGGGCAUCUCCAGCCUGAUGGAGCGGCUCUACCACAUGGAAACACAGCAGAGGCAAGAGAGAACGAUCCGGGGGAAAUCACCAGCAAACAGAGCAACAAAUGAGUGUAGAGACUCCUGGCCUCCCAAAUCCAAACUGCCUCAUUCUCACAGCACUCCCGUGAUGAGCACCAGUGCCUGCACCAAAGUGUUGUACUUCACUGACCGCUCCCUCACACCUUUCAUGGUCAACAUACCAAAGAGGUUAGGGGAGGUGACUCUGAAGGAUUUUAAGGUAGCUAUCGAUCGUGAAGGAACCCACAGGUACCACUUCAAAGCCCUGGAUCCAGAGUUUGGCACAGUCAAGGAGGAGGUAUUCCAUGAUGAUGACAUCAUUCCUGGUUGGGAGGGGAAAAUUGUGGCCUGGGUGGAAGAAGACCAUGGGGAGAAUUAAUCAAGCUUUCAAGUCUUGUCACUAUGGAAACCUGUAACUGGCUGCUGAGCUCAAAGAAUGACCAAAAAGCAUGUGUGCUGGAAGGAGUCCAAUCCAAGCUGCCAAAAAGAGAGGGCUUCCCUACAAACAAAGGGUGAUGUGUGAGCGCAUGGACGCCUGGCAUCUGACUUUCCAUGGCCAAACACGCAGUGUUCUGAGACUGAAACGACAGGACUGUGGGGGAGAAACACCUUGCUUUAUCCUUUCAGUCAAACCCUGAAGGCCUUAAUGAUGCAUCGCUCCCUUUCCCUGCUUCUCCAUUCCUGCAGUUCGUGCUGUAGGCUGUGAUCUGGGCACUUGAAGCGUGGUUUCUUGUACGUGGUGUUACAUAAAGCUGCACCGAUGGCAAAAAGGUGAAGCUUUGCCUUCAUGAGUCAGAAGAAGCCGCUAGGUUACGUGAGCUGAAGGUUUGACCAUCUUUGGUCCUGGACUUGCACGUGCUGCAGGAGCAGAGCGAACUUCAUGGGCGUUCCAAACUGACAGUAUAGAAAUCUGACCUGGGGAUGGAAGACAGUCUUCUGGAGGCUUCAUGCAUGGUCUAAAGCAAGGAUCACCAGCACAGCAAAGCUCCCUUUCUCCCAAACUCAGGCUUCGGUUUCCUACCCCUGCUUUUCCCACUUGCUCUCCAAAGCUGUGCUCACUUCUGAAGCCCUCUGGGUUUGCUUUGUUGCCAUGGGGACUGUGGGAUCCUUGCUUAUUUGCUGAAGGAUUUCAUUUGUGGGAGGGCUGGAAUCUGCUUCCCUGAGGUACUUAUUGGUACUUAUUACCCCCCUCCUUGUUGAGCCUCUUUCCCUGCACUCCUGCCCUCUCUUUCACCAAAGCAGUUUGUCACCUCCUGUGCACCGGCAUCACCGUGUGCUGCCGUCCACCCAUCACCAGGGCCACCCAACACCUAUUCACACCAGCAGGAUAAAUCCUGUGAGUUGCAGCACCCAUUCCCUGGUACGCCUGCUUCCGGGGUGCCUGAAGGGCCUGGAAAGAACAAGCCUUAACAUCUUGGAGGGUUUUUCUUUCCAGUUUUGGGGGGGUUUUGUUUCUGCAUUGCCCAUCUCUGCUGGUCAGCUGUACUUGCAGAGUGCCGGCUGCUGUGUGCAGCAGACACGGACUGAAAAGGGUCAAAUGGCAACUCAAGGCUCUGCUCGUUCUCAGUACAUGUGGACUACACGUGUAUCUGCGCUUGUGCAUGAGCCUGGGAGAGGGCAAACCUGGUUUUACUGUUUUAUAUUAACAUGACCUUUUGUAAACAUGUUCCUGUUCUUGGAAUUAUUUUUUAACAGUUUACAUUUGUCCGAGGACUGUGGAUAUUUUUAUACUAGUGCAAGUGCUUUCCGUAUAUUUAUGUAUGCAUUAUACUGUGUUUUCCUCAUUUUCUAGUGGAUGCUGAGAUGUUUUGUAUUGUUUCCUGUCAAGACAAUUCUGGGCUCGUAACUUUAUUUUACUAUGGAAAUCCAACUUGUUCCUACUGCAUUUUAUACUUUUGCCAGCUUUAAUAUUCAGCAACAAUACUAUUUAUUUUCUAACUGCUUCGCUGCCCAGGAAGGAGCUCAAGGCUCUCAUGCGGCUCUGUGCCACAUUGGCACGGCACAACACAAUACGUUCUGGACAAUUUGUAAUAGUGACUUUCUCCUUACGGACAUGGUAGGGAAGUUCAUCCAUGGGCUGCAGGGGGGUGGGAAUACAUCUCUCUUGGAAAAGAAGCAAAGAUUUUCUUCCACCCUGGAAAUAGUUUCUCUGUUGCAUGAUCUCUCGUGGGUUGGUGAAGGGAGCAUGGUGCUGUUACGCUGAAAUCAAUUGUAUUUGAAUUGCGAAAUCUCCUCGAGUGUUUCUUUGGGUUUUACUCAUCUAUUUUACUUCAGUGAGAGCCACGCACCUAGGCUGGAAUUUUAUGGAGAAGAUUAAGACAAUUUCCAAGGUCUGUAGGUGCCAGUUGCAUAUCCCUCUGUGCUACUCAAAGAUGAGCAGUUUGCUUUUGGAGCACUGAAGAUGCACCAAGCUAUGGUCAGAGCUUCUAAUGGAUGAGUGGUCAACCCAGCCUUGCCCAGUUCUCCCAUGAAGGAAAGAGAUGUUAGCUGAUACAGGAGACAGCCUGUUCUUGCCAGAUCAGUUCAACUGACCCUGGUCACACUUACUGCCACCAGAGAGCCAAGGACUGAACCUCAUAUGGAAACACGUGCUCUCCAGAGCAACAAUGGGCUCUAUUUGAGAAGGAGCAAGGCUGGACACAAGGCUUGCUUUUGGGGGCUGGCAGUCCUGUACUGUUUAUCCAUGCUAAUAUCACACGUAAGCCAGGACACAAGAAAUCAGAACUGGUAGCAAAGCUCUGUUCUUGGGUUUUUACCGUGAUAGUGAAGAUAGAAUUGCUGGAAUUGGGUUUUUACCAUGAUAGUGAAGAUAGAAUUGCUGUGACUGAAGCCGUAUGGCUUUAUUUCUCUAUUGAUGCUGCGGCGUUCUGCAGACUUUUCACCUUCGCAGGACUGACAGGAGGCGGUAAGGAAUAUUAGGCAUGGGGAUAAGAGGUACCAGGUGCAAAAGCUGCUGGCCAGAUGUUUCUCUCUGAUAAAAACAAGAGAUGCUACUUUCAAACCACUUCAGCACUGCUGUAACACUGACUUCAGUGCAUUUAUUCUGGGGAUGCGCUCUUAUUAUCAUACAUAGGACUCACGCUUGACUGUUUUGAAUCUGUUUAUCUCUGUCCAGCUUGCUUCCAAGUUACUUUCCUAUUCCUAUACUUGUAACUUGCUUAUACACGCUCUGUGUAAAAUUCUGUUUUCAUAGAAACUCUGUUUGCAUUCAUCUCUUCAGAAGGGCAGUUAUUCUAAGGCCUGUUCUCCAGGGAUGUGAAGCUUUAUCUGUAAAUCUAAACCAGACCUACCUGACUGGGUAAGCCUUCCUUUAGUUGACCAGGCAGAUAUCUCAAUAAAAUGGGGUUUGCAAA